AUGACCUCGUCGCAAAAUGAGCGGCAACAGCUGGCCGUUCCUGAGUUACAGAUACUAGCGAUGGAUCCUGUGCAGGUCGAUGAUGAGGUAUUUGAGGACUCUAUCUACAACGACUCGUUAAACUCAGCUAGUUUUGUCACAUCACUGAACUCCAGUAUUCUCAAUUACAAAUACGAGAAUGGCCGUCGUUAUCAUGCAUUUCGCGAAGGAACUUAUCUAGUACCGAAUGAUGAGGAGGAGCAAGAUCGCAUGGACCUAGCCCACCAUGUAUAUCGCUUACUCCUUGGAGGCGCUCUAUAUCUUGCUCCAAUUAAAAAUGAUGUCCAGCGGGUGCUGGACCUCGGCACUGGAACUGGUAUCUGGGCGAUCGAUUUUGCAGAUGAGCAUCCAUCUGCACAAGUUAUUGGAACGGACCUAAGUCCUAUACAACCUAGAUGGGUGCCACCAACUUGCUCAUUUGAGAUCGAUGACUUUGAAUGCGAUUGGUUGUAUACCAGACCAUUUGACUUUAUACAUGCUCGUGAACUGGAGGGCUGUAUAGGCAACGAUGUCAAGUUCUUUAACCAAGCGUUUAAACAUCUAGCUCCUGGAGGAUAUUUUGAAGUACAAGCAGUCACUUCGCCUUUUCUUUCCGAUGAUGAUACAUUAGACAAGGCUCCAAAUUCUAAGGCGUGGAUGGACAAUCUUGUCAAGGGGUUGCGGAAGUUUGGUAAGCCAGCUGAUAAUGUCAGCGGCUGGAGAGACAAGCUGAAGGAUGCUGGCUUCGUCGAUGUACACCAGGAGAUCCGCAAGCUCCCAAUUGGACCAUGGCCUAAGGAUCCUAAGUUAAAGGAGAUCGGAAAAUACCAAGGUGUCCAGGAGCUUCAAGUCAUUGACUCUUACACUCCUGCUAUCUUUUCACGCAUUCUUGGGUGGAGCCACGAGGAGAUUCAAAUUUCAAUGGCGAAGGUCAAGCGUGAGUUGAGGGAUCCAUCCAUCCAUUUGUACCUGCCGGUCUAUUUCAUAUAUGGACGGAAACCCUUAUGA